CAGUAAUAAUACCUCUCACUACAAGAAUGCAAACUUCUGAUACCCGGAAGCCAGAUUGCUGGUCGCAAUGUCGCUUGUAGAGUCGACUGAGCAGCACUCAGAAUACACACCAUUUUAAACUUUUUAUCGUUAGAGAACCAACUUGAGAAAUGGUUGUGAUAUCGUGUAUUUUCACAUCAUGUAAAUAGUUUUAGUUUAUAGUACUAGCAGGGUGCAAGUGUCUGUCUGUCAACUUUCCGUUUCCGUGUUUAAUUUGAAUAUUUAAGUGUAAUUUGAAUAGUCAAAAGAACAAGCUGUUUAUGCGGUAUCCUUGGAAACCGAGGGGAAAAAUUACUGCAAAUCACUGUACAUCACUACAACCGUGCUACAACAAAUCCACGUUUUGAGUCAAAGGUGGUCAAUUUCUUUUAAUAUGUCUACAUAUUUACUGUAUAUUGCUUUAAAUUUCUGGCUUAAAAAGGGACAAAGUUAAGAUUUAUAUUGUUCGGAAAUUUAAUAAGAUUUGGGAAAUUAUAUUCGUGGACAAUUCAGAAUUGAACUAGAUCGAAGGCUGGCGAAAUGACAGACUCUGUGCUCGCGCAAAGGUCAAUUACUGACGUAAAAAAUCAAAAUGAAUUUGAGAAUUUGAGCAAGAAAGCCCAAAACGCAUAGCAUCGCCGUACGUUGCACAGCUUGCAAGAAACUCUGUUCGUCGCUGGAAAUCAAAGCAUGAAGCGACCAUAAACAAGCGAAUCGAGAAAGCUAAAUCUGAGCGUAAGAAACGUUUGCGAGAUAUGGCGUUUCCUCAAAAUAGACUCGUGCCUUUGGACGUGCUGGCCCGAGAAUGGAUGAACAAUAAUCCAGCGACUAUUGACCUUCGGAUUUAUUUGAUAGAGAACUUGUUUCCUUCUCUAAUAAUGGGCUUGGAGAAAUUAUUGACAGAAGCAGAAAAACGCGAACUUGUUGAUACUGAAACGGCAGUGUCAAAUUUUAAUCCAGUGAAUUAUUUAGCACAGUACUUAAUGCGAAAUAAUCCAAGGUAUAGUAAUUUCCCAGAAGCUUCACCAUAUGCCAAAGGCUUGAGGAAGGUCGCAGAAGACCUGAAGAGCGAGAUUUUUGAGAUUGAUGCAAAUCGGUUGGUGACGUUAAAAGCAAGCGCACAAGUGAAACGGAUGGAAAGAGAAAAAAUGGAACGAAUGAAAGGGGAGGAGCUGGAACGAAGGGGGCAAAUGCUUGAGAAUGUUUUCGUGACAUGGGCACAAAAUGAAGACACAAUACCAUUAACUAUGGUAAGUAUAGGCUAUGAGCUGCCAUGGUUUGUGUUUGAACCACCUGAAAAAUGUUGAGAAUUUGAUGUUUCAAGUAAGGCCCCUUUGACCCUUCAAACUCAAAGUAUGAUAAUUUAUUGUGGAAUGCUACCUAAUUCACCAGAACUCCAUUAGUAUCCCCGCUCCCCUUCUGGAUUUAAAAUUUUGCUUUCAUGUAUAAGGCAACAAAAUUGCAACUGCAGUGUUGGUCUGUUUCCAGGUUCAAAAUGCAUUGAUUUCAUUUCGAGAACGCUCUGACUCCUUAUCUGAAGAACUUAGAAGAGGUAUGUAAUUACUGCUGUGUAAUUGUGUUCUAUAUAGCCUUGGAGUGCAUCUUAAUUAUUCCUGCCACAAAAAUUAAUGACAAAAUAUUCCAUUUUCAGAGGCAUAUUUUGCCAUUGAAGCCCCAGAGCUUGAUUCAAAGGGAACACUUCUUGGUGUCAAUGAAUUUAAAGAGGU